AUUAGCAAAUUUAGGGGAGGGAAACUGAACAGCGAAAGAACAUUUUCUUCAAGCUGGCCAGUCCUCCAGUUGUGUUUCAAGCAGCAUGAAUCCUCUAUUCAACACCUUGCUAUUUUCACCACUGUUCCUUCUAACCCUCAAUAUUCGGGAUCCGACUGAAGCUUGCAGCUGUAUGCCAGCUCAUCCACAGGAACAAAUCUGUAAUUCUAAUAUUGUGAUUCUUGCAAACAUACAGAGUAAAACAGUGGUUGAAGAUUCGUAUUCUUUGAAAAUCAUCAAGUAUGAAGUCAAACAAAUAAAGAUGUUUAAAGGUUUUGAAAAGGUGAAAGAUGUUCAGUAUGUUUUUACACCAUUGACAGAGGCAAGCUGUGGGGUAAAAUUAAAAGUCAGAAAGAAGAAAAAGAAUCAGUAUCUCCUUUCAGGUAAAAUGGGGAAUGAUGGAAGAAUUUUUAUUUCUUUAUGCGGUUUUAUUAAACCAUGGAAUAAACUUACCGUCGCUCAAAAGACAAAUCUACAUAAGAAUUAUGAAAUGGGCUGUGACUGUAAAAUUAUUGGCUGCCCUGUAGAACCUUGUCCCAUCACAAUAUCCAGUGUAUGCCUAUGGACGGAUUGGCUGAAAGAGCAGACGUUCUAUGGACAUCAAGCAAAAAAUUGUGCCUGUUUCAAGGACAGUGAUGGAGCUUGCAGUUGGCAUCAUGAUCCUUCCAUCAGUGAACCAUAA